UCCAGUGCGGCUCUCUGGCUCCUUGUCAGUGCCUGCACUUUUCUUGGGGGGAUUUCCAAGCAUCUGCUCUCCUUCUUACCAUGGAUUUGUACAAAGAAGGUGUUUUCUCUUGAAGAACCACUGCUUGCUGUUGGUAAACUAGCUCGCAGCUUGUACUGCUCAGGCACGGCUCUGCUGCUGGGUGUUGAGGGUGAAGCUCCAAGUAGUGAAACUGGCACAUCUUUGGACAGCCCAUCUGCUUACCAUCAAGGACCUAUAACACACAGUUCAGCUAUAAGUCCGGACCAUUACGAUCAUUCAGCUUACGGGCUGUAUUCUGUCUCCCCUGGACAACAAAGAACUCGGAGGCCAAAACUUCAGCACUCGACGUCAAUACUGCGAAAACAAGCAGAGGAAGAAGCUAUUAAAAGGUCAAGAUCACUUUCUGAGAGCUAUGAACUCUCUUCAGACCUACAGGAUAAGCAGGUGGAAAUGUUAGAACGGAAGUAUGGAGGCCGUCUCAUAACUCGGCAUGCUGCUCGGACCAUCCAGACAGCUUUUCGCCAGUAUCAGAUGAACAAAAAUUUUGAGCGCCUUAGAAGUUCUAUGUCUGAAAAUCGUAUGUCAAGACGCAUUGUACUGUCCAAUAUGAGAAUGCAGUUUUCCUUUGAAGGACCUGAGAAAGUCCACAGCUCUUAUUUUGAAGGAAAACAAGUUUCUGUUACAAAUGAUGGGUCAAAGCUGGGAUCCCUAGUGCAAUCUGAAUGCAGUGACCUUGGAGAGUCAGCUACAAUGAAGUCUCCAGCAACGUCUACUGACUUUGCUGAUGCUAUAACAGAGCUGGAGGAUGCUUUUUCCAGGCAGGUGAAAUCCCUCGCCGAGUCCAUUGAUGAUGCACUGAACUGCCGUAGCCUACAUUCUGAUGAAGUCCAAGCUCCUGACCAAGUCAGAAGCCGCGAAAUGGAAAGGGAUAGCUGUGCUCAAACCAAACCAACGAUGCACAGCGUGGAUCACAGGAAGCUUGAUGAGAUGACAGCUUCAUAUAGUGAUGUUACGUUGUAUAUCGAUGAGGAGGAGUUAUCUCCACCCCUUCCGCUUUCCCAGUCAGUGGACAGACCGUCCAGCACAGAAUCUGAUCUGAGGCUCCGGUCAGUGAACUCUUCUCAAGAGUACUGGUCCAUGACCCACAAAGAUGAUAAGAUAGACACUGAUACGAGCUGCAGGAGCACCCCUUCACUGGAAUGUCAGGAACAGAGGAUAAGGAUGGAUCACCUACCACUGCUAACUAUAGAGCCACCCAGUGACAGCUCAGUGGACUUGAGCGAUCGCUCAGAGAGAGGUUCAUUAAAGAGACAAAAUGCGUAUGAUCGAGGAAUCACUAGUCAACAGGGAAGCCCAAAACAUAUCCCUCACAAUAUUCCUGCCAAGAUUAUAUCCCGAGAGGAGCAGGAGGCAAGACAUAGGCCUAGGCCUAUAGACAGUCAUUUAGCUAUUAAUGGCACAGCAAACAGACAAAGCAAAUCAGAGUCUGAUUAUUCGGAUGGAGACAAUGACAGCAUCAACAGCACUUCCAACUCUAACGAUACAAUAAAUUGCAGCUCAGAGUCUUCUUCUAGAGACAGCCUAAGGGAGCAAACCUUAAGCAAACAAACAUACCACAAGGAAACUCGUAACAGCUGGGAUUCCCCUGCCUUCAGUAACGAUAUUAUCAGGAAACGGCAUUAUAGAAUUGGGCUAAACCUUUUUAACAAAAAACCUGAAAAAGGAGUCCAGUACCUAAUUGAGCGAGGUUUCGUGCCCGACACUCCCGUUGGGGUUGCUCACUUUCUCCUGCAAAGAAAAGGUCUCAGCCGACAAAUGAUUGGAGAGUUCUUGGGAAAUCGACAGAAGCAGUUCAACAGAGAUGUAUUAGAUUGUGUUGUGGAUGAGAUGGACUUCUCAACAAUGGAACUGGAUGAAGCACUCAGGAAGUUUCAGGCUCAUAUCCGUGUUCAAGGAGAAGCCCAGAAAGUAGAACGGCUCAUUGAAGCCUUCAGCCAACGUUACUGCAUCUGCAAUCCAGGAGUUGUGAGACAGUUCAGGAAUCCUGAUACCAUCUUCAUUCUAGCUUUUGCCAUUAUACUGCUGAACACAGAUAUGUACAGCCCAAAUGUGAAACCGGAACGCAAAAUGAAGCUAGAAGAUUUUGUCAAGAACCUAAGGGGUGUGGAUGAUGGUGAAGAUAUCCCAAGAGAAAUGCUGAUUGGGAUUUAUGAGCGGAUCCGCAAGCGGGAGCUGAAGACAAAUGAGGAUCAUGUAUCCCAAGUCCAGAAGGUUGAAAAACUCAUAGUAGGAAAGAAACCUAUUGGAUCUCUGCAUCAUGGACUUGGUUGUGUCCUCUCCCUACCCCACCGAAGGCUUGUUUGCUACUGUAGACUCUUUGAAGUUCCUGAUCCGAAUAAACCUCAGAAGCUUGGGUUGCACCAGCGAGAAAUAUUUUUAUUUAAUGACCUUCUUGUGGUGACCAAGAUAUUUCAAAAGAAGAAGAACUCUGUUACAUACAGCUUUCGACAGUCCUUUUCCCUCUAUGGCAUGCAAGUUCUUCUUUUUGAGAACCAGUAUUAUCCCAAUGGCAUACGGCUCACAUCAGCUGUUCCAGGAGCAGAUAUCAAAGUACUAAUAAAUUUCAAUGCACCAAAUCCUCAGGACAGGAAGAAGUUUACAGAUGAUUUGAGGGAGUCAGUUGCAGAAGUUCAAGAAAUGGAAAAGCACAGAAUAGAGUCUGAGUUAGAAAAACAGAAGGGAGUGGUGCGUCCAAGCAUGUCUCAGUGCUCCAGUCUGAAAAAAGAUUCUGGCAAUGGGACACUGAACAGAGCUUGCCUGGAUGACAGCUACGCUACAGGGGAAGGGCUGAAAAGAAGUGCACUGAGCAGCUCCCUUAGAGACCUGUCUGAAGCAGGCAAGCGUGGGCGACGCAGCAGUGCAGGAUCGCUAGACAGCAAUAUGGAAGGGUCCAUCAUUAGCAGUCCUCACAUGCGCCGAAGAGCUACAUCAACCCGAGAGUGUCCAUCUCGCCCUCACCAGACUAUGCCUAACUCCUCCUCACUUCUAGGUUCCUUAUUUGGUAGUAAAAGGGGAAAGCCACCUUCCCAAGGCCAUCCACCAUCUGGCUCAUCACAGCAACCUCCACACCCUCCAGUAAUCCCACAUCAGCAACACUCACAGCAUCCUUCUGCCAUGCAUCAUGCAGGGCCAGCUGAGGGACAGACCCAGGCACAAGUACACUCUCACCAUUCGCAGUACUGUCAUAUGCAGCAGAACCCACCACCCUAUCACCACCACCACCACUAUCACCCUCCCCAGCACAUCCAGCACCCACACCAGUAUCACCAACACGUGCCCCAUUCCCAGCAUGGGGCACACUCCCAGCAUACUCCUUACAUGCAGCACCCCCACGCACAGCAUACGCACUCUCCUCAUCCACCACUGCCCCCUCCACACCCAGGGCACUCUUCUCAUCCCCAGCACACUCAGCAUCACCAUGGACCGCCUCCACCUCCGUCCACUUCAGCCAGCACUAAGCCCAAACACAGCGGCAUCAGCACAAUAGUCUAGAACGUAUUGACCCUCUUAAUAACUGUAGUUUUAAACACAAUUACAAAAGCACUUACAGGAAGCAACAAAUAAUAUUGUCAGUUUUUACCUAGACAAACAAUUAAACUGAGUCGUGUGAGCUUAAAGGCUUGCUGAUACUAAAAAUAAGUCAAGUUAGUGCAAUCAAUACUGGUUUCACUUAUCUAUUCCAUAGAUGCUUACCAUCUGGUUAGUUCUUAUUUCCAGACUGCCUUGAAAACAUGCUGCUUGCCGAAUAUGAGUAAAAUUACCUUUUACACCAAAUCCCUUGACAAUUUUACUUGCAGAAUAAAAACAUAGCCUAUGAUAAAAGGAAAAAAGUGAUACAGAACCAAGUGUUGCAUUCUUGCUCUUUUAUUGUCAAUGGGCAAAAAAUAAGUAGACCUGAUAUGGUUGAUGAAAGUACGUAAGUAAACUUUAUAUAAUAUAAAUAUAUACAUAUAAAUAUAUAUAUAUAUACUGUAUAGUUAACAUUUGUGCUUGGAAAGAAAUUUUUUCAGUCCACAAAGCUAGCAAUAUAGACUUUACAAGGAAUUCCACUUACUUGAUAGGACAGUAUUAUAGAUGAAUAGCAUAUGAAAGAGUAGACCAAAAACACUAAAUGUUAGAAAUAAAUUUCAGACAUUUCAGUAUUUUCAUUAGAAGUCAGUCCUCUGGACUUGCUAAGAUUUCUAAGCAAUCAUUAUUAAAUGUGCCAAGUAACAUAGCAUUUAAUUGUUGUAGUCAAAUACUGCUUUGUAUAAAUCCUUAUUUUAUUAACAUGAUAUCAUACGUAAUCAGUAUUAUAACUGCUCUUCUAUUUCAGGUAAGCAAACUUGUUAAGAUGCAGUAAUUAUAUGGUAGCAAUGUAAGGGAUGACCUUUUCACCAGUGGUCAUCUUCAAGCAUUGGUCACACAAAUUUAGACACUUUAAAGGCUGUGAUAACUGUGAAUUUACAUGAUCCACAUUUCUUUUGUAUGCAUAUGUUUUAAUGAACACACAUGAAGAGUUAUAACAGGUGCAUGUAUACACUGCAAAAACAUUCAUCUCAAACAUGAAAAUUGCAAACUUCCAUCUUUCUCAGCUACUUUGUUUCCUGUUUACCAUAAUUUCUUAUUUUUACCCCCCUGUUAAGCUGAAUUCUAGUCUGAGAGCAUUUCCAGGUGGAAGUGCUCUAAAACUUGAAGGUUUGUUUUAGAAUUUAGUGUAGGGUUUUUAUAUAUAUACUAAAGAAAAAAAGAUCUGUAAUUCCAUGUAGCCAUGCACUAGCAAUGAAGUGGCUUCACCAUUUUUACUCAUCACAUUUGUUAGUUUGAAAGUAACCAGCACUCAGCAGGCUGAGUUUAUGCUCAAACCCUCACUUUCAUAGUCCAGUUAGUUGCAAGACAUCACAUAAAAACAGGCUGUGCUGUUGUUGCUUAUGUGUUGUAGUCAGACCAUUUGCAAAUUGAUAUAAAAUUUUAUCCCUAAACCCUGUACAGUUACACAUGGCACCUACUUUGUAGUUUCAGCAAUUUGAGCCACUGCAAGAACUUUACACCUAAACAGUAGAGGCAAAGGAAUCAGAACUGCAAAACUGUACCAGCCUAAAAGCAAACCUUGAAGAGGAUGAGCUCUGGAAAAAAUUCCAGUGUGAGAUGGGUAAAAGUAAGAACAGUAGUCAAUUUUAUAUUUAAUAAUAUUUUUUCAGGAAUAACGAAGAAAACAGUUAAAGUGGAAAGAAGUUAAAGUGAGACUGAAGUGAGAAUAAGAGAGUAACCUUCAUAUUGGCUUGUUCUGCCUUGUUAUGGCAUCUAUAAUAUUUGGGGUGUGUGUAAUUUUUUUUCCCUUCCAUACCAUUGAUAUCACAAUACCAGCAAAACUGCAAACUCAGCACUUUGUUAACCUCCACAGAGAGCAAAUACAGCAAUCUAGAGUUUAGCCUUUUGUUUAAAGCUGUCCAUAUUUGUUUCCCACGCGUGCAAUAUUUUCCCAUUCUGCUCCUUCUCUAAAUUGUCUUCAUUAAAAGAAAACAAGUGAUUGCAUUAUGAUUUUUAAGUAUCACUCAUACAAGUCUAAAGUCUGCGGCUAACCUUAAGAGGGCUCCUACAGGUCCCCUGAGGCUCUGUUCCUUGCAGUUUAAAAAAAAUAUAUACUGUUCUUAUAGGGGAAAGUAGAACUGUCUGCAUGUCAUCUAAUGUUAUUAGUGUGAGGCUACACUCUACAUAUUGUAUAUUUGCAAAAUAUAUCAGUGUUAACUGUUGAUAUUAGUUGAAGUAAAGUGAUAACAUAUUUCAAUAUGUAGACUUUUCUUCAUACAUCUGUACCAAUAGUAGAGUCUAAUUGUAAUUUAUAGGUUGUUCCAGAAAAGAUAGAGUCAUUUGGUUACAAAUAUCUUUCACAAACUGCAUCUUUCGAUUGAAAUGGAGGUAAGAGUGCUCCUCUUCAUUGAGUAGCAGAGACUGUAUUUGUUUCAGAUGCAGAGUUUUAAUGUAAAAUUCACCGUGUGCUGUGUAAAUGCAGAAUGUUCAGUAACAGCUGAGAGGAAAAUCUGACUCAAGCUGUGUUACUCAGUUAACAGUGAAGACCUUAAAUCUCCCAGAUCUGCAUUUGCUUUGUUUCAAAACCCCUUUCAUUCAUUUAAAUUAGUCAAAUAUAAAUAUUCUAUACUUACACUGUAAGCCACAUUUUAAUGCUCGAUCACUGAUUUUCCAUGUGCAAUCAACUAAAUGUUCAGAAGAAUCACAACUGUGCAUGCAAAAAACAUUUGCAAAUGAUUUCAUCUGCACGUGGAGAAAGAAUUUGUGCCUACCUUUUAAGGUGCAUUAAGUUGCAUGUGUAAAAUCAGACUAUUUUGAGACUAGUUUAAAAAAAUCAGGGCGGUCAUAUAGGAGCACAGUAACUGUAAACAUUAUUUCAAAACAAUAGGGAGAAACAGUGGACUCGAUUAUUUUUUUUAAACUGUAUUAAGGGUUUUAGUAUAACUUCUCUGAUUCCAUUCUUGGUUAACAGUUGCUUAGAACAGUGUGAGUCAUGUCUAGAACAGGAAAAUGAUAGUAUUUGAAACACUGUGCAGUUAAAAAAAACUAAUAUAUAUAUAUAUAUUUUAGCCUGCAGGCAGGUAUAAAAUUGAGAUUUUUUUCUCAAGUGCCAUUGCCAAAUAAAAACUGGUACAGAACUGUGUAGAGUGACCAUGUUUCUCUUUUCCCAUUAAAAAAAAAGCGGCAAAGUCGUAUUGCUGAUUUGAAAAAAUGAAAGGGAAGCCUAAAGAAUGAAGGUGUGGCGACAAAAAUCUUUUCUGGGACAACAAUUCAAUAUAUAUUUGGGGUUUUUAAUUUUCUUUUAAGUUAAAAAUGGAAAUGUGCAACAAUGUAAAAACAGAAAACAGAGUUCAUCCUAAUAUAAUGUACGUCUUGUAUCGCUAAAAAGAAAAAAGUCUAACAUACAGUGUAGAAUGAUUUUCCCAUCAUGUACUGCAUGCAGCAGAAGCCUCUUGUUUCUUGAUAAAAUGAGCUGAAAGACAGUCAGCAGAUAUUUAAAAAAAUGAAUCUCUAGAUGUUGACUUGCUGUUCCAUAUGAAGCUGUGUGUUUUCUGCAGUUAAGCAUGCAUUUUGCUGUUCCGUUGUAAAAUACCAUCGCACUUCUUGCCUGCAAAAUGGAUUAUUGUGUAUAUAUUUAAAAGAAAAGAGGAACCAAUAACAAGAUUAAAUUUGGAAAAUAGAAAAGGGGGUGGUGAAAAUGGGACCAAGUAGGGGGAGUAGACAAUUCUCUAAAUUGUACAUAGUGUGUAAAUUAGUAUUACUCUAAGUCUGCAGUCACUUGGAGGUUGCCUACAAUACCUAUCUCCUGCUAGGAACUAAAAUCUGCUUUGAGUUGUAUUAAACUAUUAGAAUUAGGUGUUGAAUGCAGACUGUUAAAGACUUCAAAAACAAUUACACUUACAAGAAGCUUCUGUUCUGGGGAGGCUUGAGACCCAUUUUGUAACUAUGGGGAAGAAAGGAGUGCUUUCAUUUUAAUAUGCAUUCUGUUUGUAAGUAGUAACAGACCCUAUUGAUGUAAAACUAUAACUGUGAUCAUGUGGAGAAAUCAAAUAAAUCAUUUAAAACUCUUUGUUUCUCAUCUUGUGUAAUCCAAGAACUUUAAUUAUUCAGACAUGAAAUGAAGGAAAUUCCUUCAGGUGCUAUCCUGGACCCGCUGGGUCGAUUUGAAUUCUGCUACUCUUUUCAAAGGGGUCAAGGUUUCUGUCUUCAUCUCAAAUUAAAGAUAAGUUGUUGGAAAUAAUGGCUGGUACUGUGAAGAGUGUGGCCACGUCUCAGUAGGCCUUUGGUUUUUUUGGUGGUACUGUGAAUAUACUUAGUUCUGAAGUACUAUAAGGGGCAAUAAAGAAAACACUUAGAUCUGCAGGCAACACUGAAGAGGUUCUUGUGUAAUAUUUUUGAAAGCAUUUUAACAUUGAAAAAUAGUUACCAUAUUUUGAAUUUCCUUAAGCGUGAGCUGUCCAGCAUGUUGGACUGAUCCCAUUAAUCUUUUGGCUAUCACAUUUCCAUAGGAGUCCGUGUUCAGAUGAUUGCCUACCCUUGACUUAUGUUUCAAGUUUGUCCUUCCCAGGGGUAUGUCCUUCAUUUCCUAAGUGUAAUCUACGUUCUUGAGAUCAAAUAGAGAGUAUUCAUUGCUUCUGCGCACCUGUUGGCAGAGAGCAUCAUAUUUCAGUAAGUGAUGUAACGAGGUAAGUGCUAUCCUGUACUUGUACCUGUUGUGUUUGUUUGCUGUGUCUUAAUGUACACCAUGACACUUACACCGCUAAGCAGGCAUGUUGUACUUCAGCAGAUAAUUCAGAUGACAAUUGUUUUUACUUUUAUUCAUUUCCUAUACUUCAAAUGAAUCACAGUGCGUCUAAUGUCUCAGUUAAAACUAAUGCUUAACUGUCAAUUUAAGUGUUGUUUGCUUUUUUUUUUCUUUUCCUAUGAAUUUUAGGAGAUUCUUGAAUUGUUUUGAAGGAAUAGUCAACUAAGACCUUUUCUGAAUGGCUGUUUUUUCAGAAAGUGCAUUCUUGAUCAAUUUUUUUUUUAUGGGUGAGUACCCAUCUAUCUCUAGAUACUACCAAUGUGUCAUCCCUUGGAGCUGUGUGACACAUUAAAGUAGAUCUGAUACUAUUACACAGUCUGUUACUGGUAAUAGAAGAACUGACAGUGCUGCUCUCCAUUGGUCUUUCUUUUCCUAUUUUAGAAACCAUGAUUUUGAGAACUUUGGUAUAUUUCUGCCUUUGGAGAAGCCAAGUAGUCUGAAUUCUCUAAUUUAAGAGAAUUCAGAAAUAAAUAUUGGUAUUACUAAUAAUCUGUGUUUUUUAUUGUUCCAUCUUAACAGUAGGGACUAAAUAACUUCUCUAAAUGUUUUCUUACCUCAUUUAAGACUAUAAUGAAAGCAUUUAUAAUCUGGCAUUACUGAAGAAAAAUAAACAGCCGAAGAAAACGUCAGUGUCAAAUGCCAUUUGCAUGACAGAUUUGCACCAGCUCCAAUAAUGCUCAGCAACUUAUUAAAAAAUAAAUGUAAGUUAAGCAUAUGAUAGUCUAAUGCUCAGUUAUUUAAGUUGUUAAAAUUAUUUUAAUAUCCUUGUUUGUUCAAGGUGCACAUCUUAUUGGAAUUGCAUUCCUCAAAUCUUGCUGAUAAGAACUUGUAUGUGCCUACCUAAUGAAAAAUGCCUUCAGUCAAGAAGCUUUUGCCUUCGUACUGGGGAUAAGCAAUUUAAUUCUAAUAUUAAGGACGAGGCCAAGGUUUUCUGGUAUGAGUUGUAACCAGAAAACAUGGAAGUCUAAGAUUUGAAAACUUCUCCUAAAAUUAGCCUCGUGUUUGUCUGCUUAGGUGUUUGUGUCAUAUGUCAGUACACAUCUUGAAUGAAUUUCUUGCUAGUGAGUUUUUUCUGCAAGUAUUCAAACAACUGACAGAAUUAUGAUGCUGUUAGUAUUGUGUGAUAAAUUAUAUAUGUACUGAUAAACAUUUGUAGAAGAACAUACUUGUACUUAGAGUAGCAUGCAAGAAUAAAUCUGUAGUAGUGCUAUGACUGCAUUACGUACACCUUUUCAAAAGGAAGCAUAUUGCAUCUCUAGCUAGCUUACUUGUCUCUUAGUGAUUUUUGCUGCUAAAUUUUGUUGAUAUAAAAUUCCAAGAUGAGAAGAUAGUAUGAUGCAAAAAUUGCUUUAUCCUAGGUAUAUUUUUAAUAACAUUUUGUUUUUGUUUCCUACUAUUUUAAAAAUUAAAGCCAAAUUCUGUAUUAUGUGGCAGAACUAAUCAACUUCAGGAAGAGACUGGUCGUGAAUGUUAGGAUGUUUAGAUUUCUUUUUUUUUAAUCAAUCAUAUAAAUGCAUAUUUCUAUGAUAAAGUGUUGUAAAAAGCAUCCUCUUUAUUUAGCACUUUGUAAUAACUGAGGUGUGAAAUAGCAUCAUGGUUGACAAGGCAGAGGCAGCUCAAAUAAAUCACACAAGCAUACAAGUUAUCAGCUCUGUUGUAAAAUGACAUACAGUUUUCAUUUAUUUCUUCACAGUAAAACAGAGAGAUAUAAACAGAUAUGUAUAAUGAGCAAGGAAAAAACACUCUUUUAAUAAGAUGAAUGAGGUGAAUUCCUCCUGACAGAAAUUAAAUGUUAUGCAUGCAUAGUGGAAAAUACUUUGUCUUUACAACUUCUCAUUUCUGCUACAAAAAAUAGAUUAAGAAGUGUUUGACAAAGAAAUGUGACUUUUUUUUUCUUUUUUUUUUUUUUGGCCAAAGGGAAUGGAAAGCGAAAGGACUGUGCAAGUGCUCUGAGUUAGAAGGCUAUGCUAUUCAGCAAUGGUAUCUAUCAGCAAUGGUACCAUGGCAACUCAUGGCUGGAAAUUAAUUUCAUAAUUAGCGCUAUGAAAUUGUUUCUAAUGAGGAGCAAUCUGAUUUUCAGACAUGGAGCUGCAUCGUAUUUGGAUCCAGCAGUACUGAAUACGUGCAGCCUCUGCUAUGCACAUGAUCACUGGACUGACACGUCACUUCCUUGAGCCAUUCAAACCAGCAGUCCUUGUCCCUCACUGUGCCCCCACAGCUAUGCUGUAGGUCAGGCAAGGGAGCAGGAGAGAGCAUGGUGCCAUUUGUGCCUGUGGGAAAGGAAUGCUGCACUGGGAGGGUAGGAAAAGAAGCAGAGGAGCGUGUCCUUUGCUGAAUGCUUGACCUUGACAGGACUCCUGUGAGCAUCUACCUCCUCCAUAAGCUCACCAUGUGCUCUUGAUUUUUACUUUCAUUUUACUAGUUAAUAUUUCCUCCCCAACACAGAGAAGAAAAGUUUGUGAGACGCUUUUACUUAAUUUAUCAUAUAAGUUGUUGUUUUUUCCAUCUUUCAGGUAAUUCUGGCUCUGCUUCUGGCUCUGAUGUUACCCAUCAUGGAAACACAAACAAACAAAGAAGUUAGAAUGGCUAUAGUUUGGAGUGCUUCUGUUGUGCUUCAAAACUAAAGUGAUUAAAGCUUAAAAGAGUAAUAACAAGAAACACUCUAGCCCAAUGGAAAAUGUGUACUGAGUUAAAAAGAAAAUUUUGUGAACCUUCCUUAUUUGAAUUAGAAUACUUUACAGAAUAAAAUGCUGAGAUAAUUUAGUGCUUCUGUAAUGAAGAU